UUAAAAUUAGAAAAGGAUCUCAACAUUCAUAUCCAAAUUCCAUAAUGGGCAGCCACGUGUGUGAAGGGAGGAAACAGACGAGAGCAGUACAGAGUUCUUGAACUCUCUAUUUUAAAUUUUAGCUUCACAUUCUGGAAUCUCAACCCAAACACCCACACCCCCAGAACCUCCCAGAAGACUCUGCCCAAACAUUUAUUUAAUUCCUCACAAAACCCUUCUCUCUUCCAAUUCAAACCUCCUAAUGGCCGCAACGACGUCGUUUUCCCGUGUUCACCUUCGUUUUCCCACCAACUGCUCCAACGGACCCGCUCUUUCUCCUCACCCCCGCCUCUCUCUCAACUUGUCUGCAAGGCGUAGGUCUUUGAAAGCCCUAAAUUCGUUGAGGUUGAAGCAAAACGAUGUCUUUCUUUCCAAACGGUUUGCUGGGUCGGGUAAGUGUCCCAGGUCUUUCGUUGUUCGAUGCGAUGCUUCCGGUGGAAGGAUCACUCAACAAGAUUUCACAGAGAUGGCUUGGCAAGCAAUUGUUUCUUCACCAGAAGUGGCAAAGGAGAACAAGCAUCAGAUAGUAGAGACAGAGCAUUUGAUGAAGGCUCUGCUGGAGCAGAAGAAUGGACUUGCUCGCAGAAUCUUCUCGAAGGCUGGGGUUGACAAUACCCGUCUCCUUGAUGCCACUGACAAGUUCAUUCAACGCCAGCCUAAGGUUAUUGGUGAAUCAGCUGGUUCAAUGUUAGGACGGGACUUAGAAAGCUUGAUUCAGCGGGCCAGGGAGUACAAGAAAGAGUAUGGUGAUUCCUUUGUGUCAGUUGAGCACUUGGUUCUUGCCUUUGUACAAGAUCAACGUUUUGGGAAGCAACUGUUUAAGGAUUUUCAAAUCUCCCAGAAAGCCUUAAAAUCUGCAAUCGAGGCCAUAAGAGGACGCCAACAAGUCAUUGAUCAAGAUCCUGAAGGGAAGUAUGAAGCACUUGAGAAAUAUGGAAAAGAUUUGACAGCCAUGGCAAAAGCAGGAAAGCUUGACCCAGUAAUAGGAAGAGAUGAUGAAAUACGGAGGUGCAUCCAGAUUCUCUCCAGGAGAACAAAGAACAAUCCUGUGCUAAUUGGUGAGCCAGGUGUUGGAAAAACUGCAAUUUCUGAAGGGCUUGCUCAGAGAAUCGUGCAAGGGGAUGUGCCUCAAGCUUUGAUGAAUCGUAAGCUUAUAUCUCUUGACAUGGGUGCACUCAUAGCUGGGGCAAAAUUUCGAGGGGAAUUUGAGGAUAGGCUGAAGGCUGUACUCAAGGAAGUAACAGAAUCAGAUGGCCAGACUAUCCUUUUUAUUGAUGAGAUCCACACAGUUGUUGGAGCAGGUGCUACAAAUGGUGCAAUGGAUGCGGGCAAUCUACUGAAACCGAUGCUUGGUCGUGGAGAGUUGCGAUGUAUUGGUGCAACAACACUGGAUGAGUAUCGGAAAUAUAUUGAGAAAGAUCCAGCAUUGGAACGUCGUUUCCAGCAAGUUUAUGUGGAUCAACCUACAGUGGAAGAUACAAUUUCCAUACUUCGUGGGUUGCGGGAAAGAUAUGAACUGCAUCAUGGUGUCCGCAUUUCUGACAGUGCACUUGUGGAGGCGGCAAUUCUGUCUGAUCGUUACAUCAGUGGUCGCUUUUUACCUGACAAAGCUAUUGACCUAGUUGAUGAAGCAGCUGCUAAACUGAAAAUGGAAAUUACAUCCAAACCCACUGCACUUGAUGAGAUCAACCGUUCUGUACUGAAGCUGGAGAUGGAAAGGCUGUCUCUUACAAAUGAUACAGAUAAAGCUUCAAAAGAUAGGUUGAGUCGCCUUGAGGCUGAGCUGUCUCUGUUAAAAGAGAAACAAGCAGAGCUGAGUGAGCAAUGGGAGCAUGAAAAAUCAGUUAUGACACGCCUUCAGUCAAUCAAAGAAGAGAUUGACAGGGUGAAUCUUGAGAUUCAGCAGGCUGAGCGGGAGUAUGACCUUAAUCGUGCUGCUGAACUCAAGUAUGGGAGCCUGAACUCUUUGCAGCGUCAACUUGAAAAUGCGGAAAAAGAGUUGGAUGAGUAUAUGAAAUCUGGGAAAUCCAUGCUAAGAGAAGAGGUUACAGGGAAUGAUAUUGCUGAAAUUGUCAGUAAAUGGACUGGUAUCCCUGUUUCCAAGCUACAACAAUCAGAGAGGGAGAAACUGUUACAUUUGGAAGAAGAGCUACAUAAACGUGUCGUUGGUCAAGAUCCUGCAGUGAGAUCAGUAGCUGAGGCCAUCCAGCGGUCCCGAGCAGGUCUCUCUGAUCCACACCGCCCAAUUGCUAGUUUCAUGUUCAUGGGUCCUACAGGUGUUGGGAAGACAGAGCUAGCCAAGGCCCUUGCUUCCUACAUGUUCAACACUGAAGAAGCCCUUGUGCGAAUUGAUAUGAGCGAGUACAUGGAAAAACAUGCAGUUUCAAGAUUGAUAGGGGCACCGCCUGGUUAUGUUGGUUACGAGGAAGGAGGGCAGUUGACAGAGACAGUCCGCAGGAGGCCAUAUGCAGUUAUUCUGUUUGAUGAAAUAGAAAAGGCCCAUUCAGAUGUGUUCAAUGUGUUUCUUCAGAUCCUGGAUGAUGGGAGGGUGACUGACUCACAGGGUCGCACUGUGAGCUUUACCAACACUGUCAUCAUUAUGACUUCAAAUGUGGGUUCACAGUACAUUCUCAAUAUGGACGAUGAGACCUUACCAAAAGAGACAGCUUAUGAAACUAUUAAGCAGAGGGUAAUGGAUGCUGCAAGAUCAAUUUUCCGUCCUGAGUUCAUGAACCGAGUUGAUGAGUACAUAGUUUUCCAGCCUCUGGACCGUGAUCAGAUAAGCAGUAUUGUCAAGUUACAGUUGGAACGGGUACAGUUGAGACUAGCAGACCGGAAGAUGAAACUCCAGGUGACCGAAACAGCGAUUCAGCUCCUAGGAAGUCUUGGGUAUGAUCCCAAUUAUGGUGCUAGGCCAGUCAAGCGGGUGAUCCAGCAAAAUGUUGAAAAUGAACUUGCCAAGGGCAUAUUAAGGGGUGAGUUUAAGGACGAGGACACGGUGUUGAUUGACACAGAGGUCACAGCAUUUUCCAAUGGCCAGCUUCCCCAGCAAAAGCUAAUUCUGAGAAAACUGGAGUCUGAUUCAGACACACCAGCUGCAGAAGGCCAAGAAGCUUUUUCACAAACCAUCUGAACGUCUUUUUGUAGUUUUAUGGUCACCUCUAGUUUCUAACUUUCUACAAAUGCCUAUAAAGAUAUCCGGUUUAUACAAGGUGAUGUUCAUCUCACCUUGCAUGCUGCACUUCCAUCUCUCAAUCUA